AUGGACCCUCCCAUCGAGUCAGAUGAGGAUGAAUGGGAGUACGAGUAUCAUGAAACUGAGACCGAGUCGUUCUACCUGAACUUGGACCUCUCAUCAGUCCACGGACCUAUCCGCCCACCGCGACGACGCCAACCACAGGACGACAUAAGCGCACUUGGUAACAAUAAUAACGCCAAUCAACUGGGUCACCUCGGGGAAGAUACCUUGACGCCUGUUGAUCCCAGCGACAAUGCCGCAGACCAGCCCCCCACCAACGGAUCCUACACGACUGAACCAGAGGCUCUGGCCAGCGAACGAAUCCAGAUCCUCGGUCUCCACACGAGCAACCCGAUCAUCUCAUAUUGCAAUCAACUCUUCAGCUGUACCUGGGCCGACCAAAUCGGCACGGAACUCAUCUUUGCGCACCCAGAUGCCCACACCAACUUGGACAAUACGGACCACCAGUCCCUGCCAUCCCUCAUGCAGGGCCCAUCCUUUGAGCUACUCGCCGCCAAUAGCGUGAAGAUUCUCGGCCAAAAGGCCAACAUAACCUCGAGCAGCAACCCCGGAGUACCGGGCGAUGUGCAACCGGCGGGAGCUCGGGAUAAUCUGGCGACUGCUGUCCCCGCGGACGAUGCUCAGGCACUAUCAAUGUCUACCAAUUUGCCACGACGCGGCCUGCAAACUUCUCACCAGGCAAACUUCCUGGCGCGGUUGCAGGCAAUUAAGACCCAAAGGGGCGAGACGGACACUGUGCGGACAACUUUCAGUACCAAGCGCACCGUGACCGUUGCGGACAGGCUAGGCGCGUGGGCCAGAACAGAAGCUCAACUUGCAGAAAUUCAUGCCUUGAAUGACCGAGCCCAUAAGGGAGAUACUGCGGCCAUUGCAGCUCUAGAACAGAUGAUGCGUGAUAUCAUACAGCAGCAGCAUCAACAGCAGUCGGAACCGCAGCUACAGAGCUCGCAGCAGCAGGACUUGGAACAACCAGAGCCGCAGGACACCAUGCCCAUUGAUCCGCAGCUGAUGUGA